GAGAGGAGCAGUCAGUGUGUAGUGUAGCGCGCUCGCGACAGUACCGGUCGACGACUACAAUUCGCAUUUGACAAAAUUCGUUGGUUGUUCGUUUCGUUUUGGUUUUUGUUUUUUAGUUUUUUUGUGCGGUUUCGUUUAUUUAUUUUUUGAGAUUACUUUUUCUGUGCUAUAUAAUAUAUAGAAAUUAUAUUAAAAAAAAAAAAAAUUAAGAGUGUAGGUAAUUUACUCGUUAUUAAUGUUAUAAUAUAAUAAUAGUAAUAAUAAUAAUUUUUUAACUGUUUUGAUUCGAAAAAAGUUUUUAAUCGAAAGUGAUAAACGAUCGCACUUGAAAUUUAAUACAAAUCUACUAAAUGGAAAUAAUUUCAAAACAUAUAUUUCAUUAGCGUUAUCUAUUAAUCGGCCAACGCAUAUUUUCGGUUCUAUUUAACACGAUCGAAGAGUGUUUGGCCGGCGUCCACUACGAACUCGCGGCGGCGUCAUGGCGGACACGGUUUGAGCAGUUGCGGAUGCGGCGCGUACAAGGCCGCGGCCGAUGUGGAUCCCGAUGAUGGCUGCGGCCGCACAACACGACAGGGUCGUACUGUCGCCGCGUCGGUUGCAGCAACACCAACAGCAGCAGCACACACCGUCGCCGGAUCGCGAUCGACAUGGCCGGCGCACGUACCUACACAUGGUGCCCAUAUUGCCUCCUCCGCCAGCCGUCCCUGCGAUCAAUGACGGUCAGGACACAAUUAUUUCGGAUCGACUCCAAGAUACUUCGUUCCAAUACACAUCAGCUGCACCAUCAGUCAUUUCAGGAAACGCAUUCACUACUCCGUCAAAAAUCCCCAACUCAAUCAACAAAUUGAAUUUGAUACAGUCACAUCAGCCAAAUAAAUGGGGCAGCUCAAGAAAAGUGCACGAAAGAUCCACAGGACCGGACUGGUUCGAAACGAAAAUGGCGAAUGCAAAGAUGGAGAAAAAAAGAUCAUCAAAGUGUUUUUGGAGCUCAUCAUUCGUAGUGGACCCAACCACGCAUUUUCACUAUAAGUGGCUUAUGUUAGUGACCGUCACAAUUCUUUACAACUUGGUAUUUGUAAUCGGCCGUGGCGUAUUUUGGGAGCUGAACAACGCGAUGCCGACCAUUUGGUGGAUACUAGACUACGCUUCUGAUGGAAUCUACGUGGUUGACACACUUGUACAUGCACACGAAGGUUUCUUGGACCAAGGUCUCAUGGUCCGCAAUUCUCAUAAAUUACGGGAAAACUACUUCAGCACGUCCAAAUGGAAAUCUGACUUUCUAAGCUUGCUUCCCACCGACUUGGCGUACUUUUGGUGGCCAUCAGGCAGCUGUUCGGCAGACGUACUGCCCUGUCCUGUAAUCGUUCGUGCCAAUCGACUGCUCCGAGUACCAAGGAUGCUGGAGUUCUUCGACCGUACGGAAACCAAAACCGGGUACCCAAACGUGUUCCGCAUUUGCAAGGUGGUGUUUGCCAUACUCAUACUUAUACACUGGAAUUCGUGCUUAUACUUUGCUAUAAGCUAUGUGAUCGGAUUUGGGUCAGACAACUGGGUGUACAACUUACAAGGUGCUAGGAAUUCAUCGCUUUCUAGACAGUACAUAUACUGUUUUUAUUGGUCGACACUCACGCUCACAACUAUAGGUGAGACACCGCAGCCGGAAAACGAACUGGAACACGUAUUCGUGGUGGCCGAUUUCCUCGCCGGUGUACUCAUUUUUGCCACGAUCGUGGGAAAUAUCGGCAGUAUGAUCAGCAACAUGAAUGUGGCCAGGGUAGAGUUUCAGAACCGCAUGGACGGCGUCAAACAGUACAUGGCCUUUCGGCGGGUUUCCAAAGAGCUAGAAGCAAGAGUUAUCAGAUGGUUUGCCUAUACCUGGGCUAACAAACAGGCUCUGGAUGAAGAACGUGUAUUAGCAGCUUUACCAGACAAACUAAAAGCUGAAAUAGCUAUACACGUACAUCUCGACACAUUAAAGAAGGUCGAGAUAUUUCAGGACUGUGAACCUGGCCUAUUAGAAGAACUCGUGCUCAAGCUCAGACUUCAAGUGUUCAGCCCUGGAGAUUACAUAUGUCGUAAAGGAGAUGUGGGCAAAGAAAUGUAUAUAGUAAAAAGAGGCAUUCUUAGUGUCGUUGCCGAUGACCAAAAAACCGAAAUCGCCACUUUAAGCGCUGGAAGCGUUUUUGGAGAGGUAAGCGUACUAGAAAUAGCUGGAAACAAAACAGGCAAUCGUCGCACAGCCAACGUCCGGAGUUUAGGGUACUCUGAUCUAUUUUGUCUAUCUAAAAGAGAUCUCUGGGAAACACUAAGAGAUUAUCCCGAAGCAAGACACAGCCUAAUGCAACGUGGUUGUCAGCUUCUACGAAAGGAUAGACUAUUAGACGAGGACGCGUUCCUGCAAGCUCAAACGCAGAAUGAAACCAUUAACGAAGCAGUGUCUAGAUUAGACUCUAACCAUUUCGUGUCCCCGAAUCGAGGCGUGGAAGGAUACAUUAGAUUAGCCAACAGAAGGGACGACCUUGGACAGCCGAAUGUGCAACCAUCUAAUCACAAACAGUUGAAGCACAGGUCAAAAUUCUCGACGGUCAUUAUCAAACCGAACAGGAAGCAAUUCGCGCAAGUUUAUACCACUAUGAAAGAUGUAACUACUCGGUUGUCAAAUCUAGUGACCGAAUAUUACAAUCAAAACGUCAAGCUCAAUGAAAAAAUUACCGAAUUGGAGGAACAGAUACGAGUUGUCAAAUAUCGUUCAAUAACUGAUUCAAAAUAUGAGGAUCAACAGGGUUCGAAUGUUGAAAAUGACUCAACUUCAUCAUCUAGCCAAUCAACUGUAUUCGGAACUUAUGCCACGAGGAGAUCGUUUAACAUUCCCAAGAAUUCUUGGGCUCGAAGACGUCGUAAACUUAAGUCUACCUGAUGUUUAAAAGAUGGGCUAUCUCAUUUACAGGAUCCAUAUGCUUCGGCUUAAUAUAAACCACGGUGAUUAGUGUAUAUAUUCUUAAUAUUGGAUUGUUAAAAAAAAUCAACUUCCAAUUUUAAGUGAAUUGUAUACACACGGUUUAUAUUACAUGGAUCAGUGUAAGAAAUAAUUUUUGGAUAGUCCACUGAAAUGUACAUAUACAAAUAUAUAUAUAUUAUGUAAUACAUAAAACAAAAAACGUAUACCACGACAGAUCAACUUUCUAGGAUAAUUUACGAAUAAAUUUUUUUGGAAGAAUCAAAAUAUUUUAAAACUAGUAUCAUGAUAUUUUCCUAAGCUGAACAAGAGCUUAAUAAUGAUAUCAAAAAUACUGUAAAAUACUCCUACAGAAAAAUUUUACCUAUAGUCUACAUUGUUUUUUUUAAUAAUAAUUUAGCUUAAUUCCACGUAAAAAAAAAUAAUCGAGUUAAAAUAUUCCCAUGAUGUAUUAAAUAUAAAUUUUUAAAAUACCAAAAUAACCAUAAAGUAUGUGCAUCACGUUCUUGUGUUCAUUUGGUUUGUAAAAAGUAAUGUAAUAAAAUUAAUAUUUUAAUUUUUGAUAACACCCAGUACGAUUAAAAAUUAAAUUAAACCCAAAUUUAAUGAUAAGGUAUAGUAUUUUGUUACAUGAGAAUCUUAUGAUAUUAAAAGCUGAUUUAUAUAGAUUUAUUUUUAUUGAACAUUCAGUAUUCCAAACUUAGAUACAAAGAUGAAACAAAUGUUUAACAAUUUAGUUAUGUAAUAGGAAAUAUCUACUACAGAUCAUAAUAGAAUAUAAACCCAAUUUAAUUUACCUUAUAACAAAAUAUAUAAUUACAAACGUUUUAUUGUACAUACCAAAACAUAAAUAUGAUAAAUGCUUUUUGAAUUGAGUGACGUAACUAUUACAGUUGAGUCCCGUGGACCAACAUUUACACCAAAUUUGGUCUGAAAUAUAUCCUAAUUGAGUUUAAAAUGUAUUUUACUUCCUAAUUUAUAGAUUUAUAGUUGUUGUCAAAACAUAACAUGUCAAAAAAUAUAUAAUUAGAAUAUUUAUUAACGAGAAAUCAGACUCAAUUAGGCGAAUUAUCAGACGAAAUUCAGACAUAAUAUAAUUUCUAAUAUGGGAUUAAACUGUUUGUAAUAACUCCCGAAUUGAGUGCCAUUCCUUGGGAAUUCUGUGCAUUCAUCAACUGUAUAAGUUUGUUUCUUUAUUGAAAUCUUUUAGUUGGCAAACAAUUUAUUUACACCACGUAGGAAGCACGAAAUAUAGAAACAUGGUGAUAAAAAACUUAUUUAGAAAAAUACCCGAGAACUAUUAAUAAGCAAAAUAGUUCCAUAUGAAUUAAGUAUUAUAUACUUUCAAAUAUUUUUUUAUAAUGACAGUUGGACCACAUAUGUGUUAAAUGGUUCAGCGUUAAAUUGCAGCUUUUACAAUUAGCUAUCUAUGAAAUUACAAAAACUUAAAGUGAAUAUUAGUAGGAUUUCCUUUCUUCGUAUUAAUUUUGAAUAAAUCAUUCAUUGUAUAUUUACUUUUACUCGUCAGCUAUCAACAAGAUUCGUUAAUUUAAUCUAUAGCGUAAAAUUCCUUUUGAUAGUUACUAUGAACUUCAACACUGUUCUUUUAAAAUCGCCUAAUUAAUAAUAAUAUUACAUGAAAUAUUAUUCACAAUUAAUCGAAUAUAUACUGAAUAAAACUUCUACCCAAUAAAACUGUCUAACAUUUUUUAACAUUUGUACAAAUGGUAGAUAGACUUAGUACCUACUUAGAUGGAUCGUAGAGUACAUUUUAAGAUGUAUUUUACUACUUAUAUAAUUUCUAAAUUAUUUAUUAAAAUAUUUAUUUAUACUUUUUGUUUGCUAUUUCAAUUUUGAUUUUGCAUACACUAAUAUCAAUCACCAAUCAUAGCUACCUAUUGAAUAGUGAAAUGGUAAUUAAAGGCAUGUAAAUAAAAAUAAUUCUCAUAAUGUUCCACUAAUUUCUAUACCAUCGAAAUAACUUUUAUUUUAGUUAAUUAGUGUAAUUCAUAUGUGGUGUAAUACGUAAUAAUGUGAUAUUAUUUUAUCCCUGAACGCACUAUAAAAAUAAUAUCGACAGCAAAAUGUUAUUUCUUACAUUAACAUCACAACGAGUAUACAAACGUAUUUUUAUAACCGUAUGCAUUUCGUAUUAAGUUUGCCAUUCGGUGUGUAAUUGGUGUGGGACACUCAAUAAUUUAAAAUUGUUUUCUUUCGCUAUAUUGUUAGUAUAUUAUUUAUAAAUUAUAAAUUAUUAUGUUUGAACAUCGGUCUAUGUGUUAAUUAUGGUAUGCAGUGAUGUUCGAUAUGGGUAGGGUUACAACGAUCAUCCACUAAAAUUUCAGACGCCUUAAAUUUUUCUUGUAGUUGAAAUAGAUCAAUUCAUGAGAUUCGACCAGUCUUUAGAGAAAAAAAAAUUAAUUUAAAAAUCUUACUAUAGAGUAUAGACAAACAAAAAAAUAACAAAAAUUAAGCCCCGCAUAAGACCACACUGCAGAGUAUAACUACAAAAAAAAUACCUAUGCAAAGCUCAAAUAACAAAAUUACAAACUGUUUACAAAACUAGUUUGUAAGACAUACGUUCAUUGUUGAUUUGUCAAAUCUGUAUAUCUAUAUGUUAUAAGUACCUAUUAUUUUUUUAUGCUACACUGAACAUGUGUAGUUUGUGUUAACGAUAUUAUCUUAUUGUUAUGUAGUCAUUUGUAAUUUGUAUAACUAUGUAAGCGAAUCCACUUAAAUUUAUACACAGUUAUAAAUGUUAUAAUGUUAUGUAUAAUAUUAUAUAGUUUUAAAAGAAUUCAUACUGUUAUUAAAGUUAUUGUCUUAUUGAUAUUAUUAACGUGUACCUAUAGAUAUGAAAUUGCAAAGAGUACGACAAAAAUAUACAUAAUAUAUAUUUUUUUUUGUACAUACAUUGUUUGAUGUUUGUUAUAUACUUAUAUAUAAUAUAUAUAUAGCAUAAUAUUGUGUCAUGUGUUUUACAUCGAAUGAAACUACGAAAUAUGUUUAAGUUUUUUACCAUACAAAAUUAGCUUUAGGAAAGAUUUUGUUAUUAAAAUAAAAAACCCGUGCAGACAAUAUUGUACAUUAUACACCUACAUGGAUUUAAUAGGAACCACGUUUUAAGUUGUAUUAUUAUCAUAACAUAAUAUAUAUUAUACAUACUUUA